CCCCAACCCUUGUGUGUUUCUCCUUUCCACACCCUCGUUUGAUCAAGCAACUACUGUAUGGGGGGAACGAAAACGACUACAACACUGCCGUCUUCUCCCUUUACGCGGCCUCUCAUGCGGUCCUUCAGCUAGUUCGCGAUUUCAGCAAUAUUCACCAACGAAUCUAAUGGAUAAAAGGCCGCGACGAGCAAACACACCCAGUAGAACUACCAGGCACUCGCUAGAAGGAUAGGACCAACAACAGCAAAACAAAAGGAAGAAGAAAUGCCACAAAAUCAGAGAGCCUCUCCUGGCCCCAAUGGAGCCCAAAGUCCAAGACCUUUGGCUGGGAAUGUGAAUACAGGCCAGCAAGCAGGAAGUCAAAGCCCGUCAGGAGACACUCCAAUGACAACGGACAAUCCCGCCAUUGCUCAGCUCGAGGUAGACGACGAAAACGAAGACACGGUAUCGAUAUACACCAUGGAUGCCUACCACAAUAUGACGGCUGCCUACCAAGUCGACCGUCCUUAUCAGCCUGGCUCUGGCUCUGCGCAUGACGAUGCCACAAUUGACUCAGCGCGAACAUUAUACGCCGAAGAUGUCGACUACAUCACCGAGCACGAUCGGACCUACUGUGGCGACUACUUCAUGCCAGUUGACCAAACCGAGCAAACGCGCCAAUACGUAGCUCACCAAGUGUACCUCAAGCUCUUCAACCUCGAGCUGACCACGGUACCGUUGGAAAACCCCCGCUACAUCCUUGACAUCGGCACGGGCAUCGGUGAAUGGGCGAUAGGAAUGGCGGAAAAGUAUCCGCAGUGCGAGGUGUUCGGGACCGAUAUUGCGCCUAUCCAGCCAACCCACCAGGUCCCCUUCAACGUCGAGUUUCACAUCGAGAACGCCGAGGACGAGUGGAUUCGCCCAGCCGACGCAGUCGAUCUGGUCCAUUUCCGGAACAUGGAAGGCGCCUUUUCAGACUGGCGCUAUAUCUACCAGCAGGCGUACAACUGCCUCAAACCCGGCGGCUGGAUCGAGGUUAUCGACUACGACGACCACUUCACCUCCGAGAACUUCCUAUCAUACUUCGCGCCAGACUCACCCGCACACCUGUUGGCCAAAGGGACUCAUGAAGCCGCGCGAGUGGCAGGGCGGCCGCGCGGGAUUGACCACAUGAGCAAGGAACUCCUCGAGGAACUCGGAUACGUGGACGUCAAGGAAACCGUGUACGACAUGGGAGUCGGUUCCCGCGAAAAUAGCAGUUACGGGAGCUUCUGGCUGUUCACGGUCGUCACAGGUCUGGAGGCAUGCUGCUUGCGCUCUCUGACCAAGGGUCUGGGUUGGGAUCCCAAGGUGGUGCGGGACAUGUGUAAGCAGAUUGCUCAGGAGACGAGGGCAAUUGCCGAGGACACCUCGAGGACGGGCAGCUUUGUGGUCAAGCUCCGGGUCAUGGUCGCCAGGAAACCAACGGCGCAGGAGCAGUGGCUGGCCAAGGGGACAGCACUACCGGAGUCUGACAGCGGGACGCUUCGGGAUGGAGACCAGAGCACGAUUAGGUCGGUGAAGACGGUGAAGACGGCUAUAUCGGACGCGACGGGGCAAGAAGCGCGGCCCGUGUCUCAACGCUCGAAAAUUACCGAAGGAUGAGAUCGAAAGAACGGAUGAAGGUUUUUCUCCGCUUGAACCGGGGAAAACUCCGGGCUAAACUCGGAAAGAGGAGGGGAAAUGGACGAAGCAGUGGAUUAAAAGGAUAACAGCAUGUCAAGCAGAGUAACAGGAUGCU